UUCUCUUUUUCUCAGCCAAAGGAUUGUGUACAUGAAAUUUAGUGCACACUCAAAUAAUUAUUUGCAGAACUUUCAGUUAUAUUUAUUUAGCUAACUUUUUUUUUUAAUUCUUUUAUAUACCCCGGUAUUUUUAUAUCUCUGUGAUAAUUGCAGGUAUUAACCAUUAUGUUUUUUUCAUUUAGUAUAGUACUAAAAAUAUUCUUUUUUUCAUGCUCAGUUUAAAAUUACUGAGAAAAAAAAAUCUUAAAUAAUUAACUUUAUUUAUUUUUAUUUUAUAGCCCAUUCAUUUUCCUUUAACCCACGAAGCGUCGUCGGCCGAUUUAAUCGGCCGCCAUUUUGUUUCUGUGGCGUCUCGGCCGAUUUAAUCGGCCGACUUUGUAUCCUUCAUUUAAAAAUAGAAAUCCAUGUUUUUAAGUAACUAUUUUUAAACUGGUAAACUAGAAAAGGUUCUUCUACUCGUGGAAACAAGAAAAAUCGUGUGUUUGUUUUUCAUUCUUGUAUUGUUACAUUGAAUAGCAAGUGGAAUUUUUUUUCGUACACGGUUACAAUCGGACUAAUGUCUGAUGCUGGCGAAGGUCCAUCAGGUGUCAAAACACGUAAAGUAUUAAAUAUUUUUGACAUUUUUAACAAUCCAAAUAGUGAUAGUGAGGAUGAUUUUGUUAUUCCUUACAUUAGUGAUGAUAGUGGAAGCAACGAUGUCAGUGAUGAUGAUGAAGAAGUGGGCAAUCGUCUUGAUGCUCAAAAUGACAACACUAGAUCUAGAUCUAGUUUUAGUGAGACUGGAGAUGUUUUUGGAUGGAGUGAAAUUUCCAAUGCUGAGACAGAUAGAAUAAGAACUGAUCCAUCAUUUAUCACUAGAAGUACUAGCAUACCACAGGACUGUAAAAAACCUAUUGAUUUUUUUCAACUUUUUUUAGUACCACAAUUAUUUGAGAUGAUCUUGAAAGAGACAAAUAAAUAUGCCACUAAUUUUUUAAACUUGGAAUCAACAAAAGCUUGGAUACAAAAGUUUCCAACUAGCAGAUAUAAUUCUUGGCCAACUAAUGGCAUUGAUGCCUCACUGCUUUCAAAGUAUUUUGCUUUGCUUCUAAACAUGGGCAUUGUCAAAAAAAAGAAAACUGAAGACUACUGGUCGACUAUUCCGUCGCAGCUUACUCCCUUUUACAGUUCCACCAUGAGCUGUAAAAUGUUUCAACUAAUAAGUAGAAUGGUGCACAUUAAUGAUGUCACAAAAGAAAAGAAAAGGGGAGAAGAUGGCUUUGAUCCCUGGGUAAAGGUCAGACCUGUGCUAGACCAAGUGAACUUUAGCUCCAAAAAAUUUUACUCUCCCACUCGUUUUAUCUCAAUCGAUGAGUCUAUGAUUGGCAUGAAAAACAGAAUUGUUUACUUACAAUAUAUGCCCAAUAAGCGCCAUGCCAGAUUUGGAAUAAAAAAGUUUCAACUUUGUGACUCUUUAAAUGGAUUUGUCAUCCAUAUAGAAAUUUAUGCUGGGAGAGACUUUGACGUGCACCAUGAAGAAGGGCAAGCGUUUGGUGUGGUGAAAACACUCAUGGAAAAAAGCCAGUUACUCAACAAGGGUUUCAUCCUGCAUACUGAUAAUUUCUAUACCAAGGUUCCCCUUGCAGAAUUCUUGCUUGAAAAAAAAACUCUUCUAACUGGCACAGUAAGAGCCAAUUCAAAGUUUCUUCCAAUUGGUUGUCGUCAAAAACUGCCUGUUGGAAUGUCAAAGUUCUGGAGAAAAGGAGAGAUGCUUGUUGUCUCUUUUAGGGAGAAGAAAUCACAAACUAAACCUGUCCUUCUUCUCAGCACUGCUCACAAUGCCACCAUUUCAGAGAAAAAUAUUCGUCAAAAGACACUAGUGAAGCCAACAAUGAUUUUUGACUACAACUCUUACAUGGGAGGUGUCGACAUGAGUGACAAAAAAAUUUACCAUUACGCCUCAGAACGCUCUACACGAAGAUACUGGAAGAAAAUCUUUCAAAAUUUAUUGGACAUUUGUGUUCUGAAUUCAUGGAUUAUAUUCAACAAAAGUGUGCCUGCUUCUCAGAAGAUGAACAGAAAAACUUUCCUCACUUCCAUUAUUGAGAACUUGAAUAGCUCGGCUAAUGUGUGUGUUGUUCUACCACCACAAGUGGUAUACCAUAACCUUGUUUUGCUAGAAGGAAAAAAAGAAAGGGACUGUUUUGUAUGCAGUAGCAGGGUCAGCAACAGAUCCAGCAGUCUAGGUCGAAAAAGGUCUAGGCAUUGGUGCCCAGCCUGUAGAGUCGGAUGUCAUGAAAAUUGUUUGCCUCACCUAGUGCAUGAAACAAAUCAAGGACUCCAUAGAAAGAAAAACAAAAACUGACAUUUCUAUUGUUUAUUUUUAAUUUUAUUUCAUUUCUUAUUUGUUUAAAUAUUACUUUCUAAAUGAAGUUAAUAAAUAUUUCAAAAAAAAAGGAAGAAAAAAAUUUAACAGUUUUUUUUUCAUUUUUUGUUUUUGUUGUAAGCAUGGUCGAUUUACUAAAAUGGCCAUAAAAAAAAAUCUGUUUGUUCAAAACAUAUAAAACUUUAUAUUUUUGUAAAGGAAAUUGAAUGGGCUAUCUGAUUAUAUCACAAUUAUUGCUAUACUGAUAAGUCUGUUUCUUACAGAGGUCUUUAAACCACUUACUAAUGGUUGUAAAAAAACAUUGUAUGUUAAUUGGGCCAAGGUCAAGGUCAACUUUAUUAAUUAGAUGUCAUCAAUAUAUGAAUAGGGAUGUCACCUUCAUCUGGGUCCCCUCCCAUGUUGGCAUUGAGGGAAACGAAGCCGCAGACAGAGAAGCAAAGAGAGCCCUAAAUCAUGCGGUGUCAGGAACCCAAAUUCCCUACUCGGACCUGAGACAAAGUAUUGCCUCUGCCACCUAUCGAGAGUGGCAGAACCGAUGGGAGGCUGAGACUCACAGUAAACUCAGGCAGAUUGUGGCGGAUGUCAGGUGGCGGCCCACAUCUAAGGGUCUGACAAGGCGUGGUAGCACAACCAUGUCCAGACUUAGGAUUGGCCACACCUACAUCACGCACUCUUUUGUACUGAAGAGAGAGGAGCCCCCACUUUGCGAGUACUGUGACUCUCGCCUCACCGUGGAACAUAUCCUCGUUGAUUGCCCCAGAUACCAGGAUGUCAGGGCGAAAUAUUUUAGAGCCACUAAUCUAAAAACACUAUUUAAUAAUGUCGACCCUGGGAAGGUACUGGGCUUUAUUCUGGAAGUGGGGCUAUCUACGAAGAUCUGAUUUCUGAAUUUGUGAACAUGCACUAUUUACAUUAGAUUUUUACCAAAUAUUUAAAUUUUUACUACCUUUACUAUUUUAACUGUGAAUAGACCUUGAUUUUAAUUAUAUGACUGUAUAGAAUCUGGCCCUUGUUGUUUAGAGAGAGAGUAGUCCUUAAGGGACUGCAGGCACGACAUGGCCUAAAUUGUGCCGAUGUGCCUCAAAUCCAAAAAUCAAAUCAAUAUAUGAAAAUUCUUAUUCCUUGUCCAAUUACCUUUCAAAAUAUAUAUAGUUAUAUAGCUAUCCAACUUCAUUUUAUUGCAGUUUUCUUCCAUUUUGUAACAUGUAUAAAAAUUGCUAAAAUUGCCAUGACGCCACCGAAAGUUACUUAAUGACGCUUCGUGGGUUAAAAUAAAAUUAAAUGUCAGAUUAUUUAAUAAAAUUAAAAAGUUGUGUUAGGUUUAGUAACUCUACCCUAGGUGAAAAUUUGUGUUAAAUCCGGAAAAUUCCUUUUUUUUUUUAUCAAAAUAAUUUGCACUGAAAGAGUUAAACUGUUAAUGUUUUAUUAGUGGUUGUUGUUGGGAACAUAUCUGCCAGUUCAUCCAUUUCACUGUUUUUUGUUGUUUGUUUGUU